CGGUGCCGCCGCGCCCCCGCCGCGUCCGACAUGAGCUUCUUGUUUGGCAGUCGCUCCUCCAAGACCUUCAAGCCAAAGAAGAACAUUCCAGAAGGUUCUCACCAGUACGAGCUCCUGAAGCACGCAGAAGCCACGCUGGGGAGCGGCAACCUGCGGACAGCCGUUAUGCUUCCAGAGGGGGAGGACUUAAAUGAGUGGGUCGCAGUGAACACUGUGGAUUUCUUCAACCAGAUCAAUAUGCUUUAUGGAACCAUCACUGACUUCUGCACUGAGGAGAGCUGCUCGGUGAUGUCGGCUGGCCCAAAGUAUGAGUAUCAUUGGGCAGAUGGAACCAACAUAAAGAAGCCUAUUAAGUGUUCUGCACCAAAAUAUAUUGAUUACCUGAUGACUUGGGUACAGGACCAGUUGGAUGAUGAGACAUUAUUUCCAUCCAAAAUAGUCUCCAUUGCUGGCUCAUCCACAUCACGUCCCCCCGAGUUCAACUUAAUUGACAGAAGAGAACUUGCUCCACUCCAAGAACUGAUUGAAAAACUGACGUCAAAGGACAGAUGAGAGGAUAAGAGGGCUGUUCCAAUCAUAUCUUACUUAAGUCAGGCUCUUAGGAAUAUAUUUGGGGUUGUUACUUGGUUGGGUGGUUUGGGGAUUUAUUUGAGUUUAUUUUCCUUAAUUUUUUUUCCUCCUGAAUAAAUGAAAACCUUUUCUGUUAUUUUAGAGGCAGCCAAGAUCCAUUCUCUGUGUUUUUGGUGGAGCACAAUCUUUUCUCUUAGUGACUUACAGUGGUGUGGACAUUUUUUGUUUUUGUUUGGGAUUUGGGGACGGGAUUGGAGAUGGGGUCUACCUCCUUGUAGGUUUUUAGCUGAUGCUGUGUGCUUGGCCCUACUGGUGGAUGGGUUCUACAUGGUGUAAAUUGUGGCCCAUUCCUAACAUUAAAGACUUACCUCCUUAAGUGCCUUGGCAGAAGGCUCACUUCUGAGGUGCAAAGCACAGAUGAGCAUUGCUGAACACAACGGACUGAUCACUACCCACAAUGCUUGGUGAUGAUGAUAAUGAUGUUUCUGUUAGAUUAUCUAAUUUUUCAAAAGCCAUAGUUUGCCUCAAUUGGUGAUCUCCAGCUUUUAAUACAUGAAGAAACAGAAUUCUUGAAGAUGUGAAUGUAGAUCUUUUAAAAAAAAAAACCAACAACCAGAGAUAACAUUUGUUAAUAAUUUAUGUUAAUGAUGGUGGUGUUGCUGUAUGUUGCUCUGUUCUCCCAAUGAUGAAAGUUCUGUUAUGAGCAGGUCUUUUUCCACCCCUUGAUGUCUGUGAUGUUGAAACUGGAGGAGACUAGAAUGUGUUUCCAUUCCAGCGUGCUCCUCAUUCAGACACGUGCCUGAACUCUAGGUCAUAAAGUAUUUAUUGCCACCUCCUGAGGUGAUGCAGCCAGCCCCAUCUGGGAGGUUUCUCACCAGUUGCCAAAUGAGCCAUAAGUCUCCUUCCACUGUGAAGAGAAUCAAAAAUAUUUCCACUGAAAUAAUAUUUAAGAAAGGCCUAUCUUAAAGACCCAGGAUGAAUUUCCUUGUAAACCCAGUUUCUGAGAACCCCUCCUCUUGUACUUAGAGCCAACUCCCAUUGGUAGAGAAUUAAAUACUCUUUACUCUCUCAGCAUAGACAUUAAAAAUGGAGUGGAAGGAGAGUUUUUGGAAGUACUGGUUAUUUUUCAACACCUCCAUUUAGUGGAUGGAGCUGUUGGGUUUGCCACUUAAGAGUGACUACCACAUUUAAUGACACAUUCUCAUAAUUGCUUGCUGCUGGCCCUUUUUGAAGGUUGGCUUUUUUUUUUUUUAACUUCAGCUAGUUUCUAACGGGAAAGGAAAGUCUCUAUUAUGUGGUAUAAUUAAGUAUUCAAAACAGCGACUAACUUUAAAAGUAAAAUCAGUUUUCAAUGAGUUCCAUCCUUUUAUAACAAUUUAUAACAAAAGAGAAUGUUUUGUACAUUGUGCCAGCAGCUUUCACUUAGCUGUAGCUGUUCUUAAGAAAACCCCCAGCUUGCAGUGAUCUCUUCUCUGAUGCCAGUCCUGGCCUCCUGGAGCUGGCCCAGUCUGGUCCUCCCCUGCUGUCUUCUUGCACAGUAAUUCAGAUUAGUAGCACUUUGGGUUUCUUUCCUAAUGAACAGAGCAGUGACUGAUGGAUGUCAGUAGCAUCACUACUGCCCAGGCCUGCCUUGGCUCCAUUCCUCUUCUUGGUCCAGCAUACAUUGAUCAAGUGUUAGCAAUAGACAAGUAAUGCCUUGGAAGAGAUGCAUCCAUCGGAGACUGGUAAUAUUUAUAUGGCACGGCAAUAAGAGGCAAUUGAUAAUAUAUACUUCUCCUUUAAGGGAAAAAAAGUAUCUUCUAGUUACCCACAUAGAUAUUAACUGAAUUAGUUAAUUCAGAAACAGCUGGGUGCCAAGGGGUUUAGGGAUCUACAAAGAUCCUGUCUGCACAGGAAAAUAAAGCACAAGGUCACCCAAGUGGUCUUCCAUAUCAUGUUUCACCUUCUGUAAACCCCCUGACAGCAGGAGUGCAGUAGCCAAGUGGAGAGAGAAUGAGGAAUUGUUCUUGCGCCUGAUAAACUUCAUGCAGCGCUGUUAUGCUGGGGUAUGAUGAUUCUCUAAGUUUAAGCUAAUGUUGAUAAGUAUGCAUUGAUUUCCCAGUGUUUGUAGCUAAGUUUUUGUUCUCACUGUGCCAGAACCUCAGGUACCUGCCUCUGGGUACUCCUCUCAUCAAAGACAUUGGGGUCGGAGGAUGCUGCUACUGUCUCUGUGUUUUAAGUAGGGGGGCCGUCAGUCUGGCUUAUACUCCUUGGUUUUGUAUAUGGCUAGGAAGUAAAAAUUCCCAUAACAUAUAAAAUCAGUUACUUUAAGAUAAA